GAAAACUUUCCUUUUGGUCGGCCCGGGGAGGGAUGGGAUUGGGUGGGAUUGGGUGGCCAACCCGGUUUUUCUUCUUUCUCAGGUACCACAACGUGUCUGGACCCAUUCAUUCCCAUUCAUUCCCUGAACAAUCCCUCAGUUGGUCUAUGGCAGUCCCAUACAACAUGUGAGGUGGAAGUGAAAUUGUGAAUAUUGGGGCAGAUUCAAUUCACUCUGUGCUGCAAGGAGAGCAGCGAUGACGAUGACCAGCAGGAUCCAAUAUCAAGUCGGGAUGAAGGGAUGGGAAUCGUUCUGCAACAUUGGCCGGUGAGCUGUCAGUUGGUUUCAUCGUGCAGCGCCGAUCCUGCAUUCAAUUUCUCCGGGAUCCAGGCCGGCUUGUCCUUCAUCACCAAUCACGCCCGCCCUCCCCAAUGUGCCAUGAAGUCAUGCUUCUCCUCCAUCCCAUCCUGUCCCGGCCCUGCUUAAAACCACUAUCCCGACGGGUCUCUCAUCUCUCCUCCCAGACUGCUCUUGGAUUGUUUCUUUUCUUCCCGUGUCUCGUGCCUUUCCGAUCCCGACUUGUGGGUGUUUGCUGUGGACUUUAUUCUGGUAUCUCCGACACUGCAUUCUUCCCUUUCCCUAAUUCUGCAGCAGCUGGUGCUGGUCUAGACUGCGACUUAUUUUUGGUCGGCCCCCCGUGGACUUUGCCUGUAGACGCCCGUUGGGAUUCCCACGCUUGCUCUCCACCCACCCACGCUUUUCUUAUCCACCUU